AUGCUGGCGCUGCUGGCCGCCGGCGUGGCGCUCGCCGUGGCCGCCGGAGCCCAGGACGGCCCGGCGCCCGGCAACCGUUUCGUGUGCACGGCGUUGCCCCCGGAGGCGGCGCGCGCCGGCUGCCCGCUGCCCGCGAUGCCCAUGCAGGGCGGCGCGCUGAGCCCCGAGGAGGAGCUGCGGGCCGCGGUGCUGCAGCUGCGUGAGACCGUCGUGCAGCAGAAGGAGACGCUGGGCUCGCAGCGCGAGGCCAUCCGCGAGCUCACGGCCAAGCUGGCGCGCUGCGAGGGGCUGGCGGAGGGCAAGGUGCCGGGCCGGGCAGCCUCGGGCAAGGACACCAUGGGCGACCUGCCGCGGGACCCCGGCCACGUCGUGGAGCAGCUCAGCCGCUCUCUGCAGACCCUCAAAGACCGCCUGGAGAGCCUGGAGCACCAGCUCCGAGCGAACGUGUCCAACGCGAUGCUGCCCGGCGACUUUCGGGAGGUGCUCCAGCGGCGUCUGGGGGAGCUGGAGAGACAGCUGCUGCGCAAGGUGGCCGAGCUGGAGGACGAGAAGUCCCUGCUCCACAACGAGACCUCGGCUCACCGCCAGAAGACGGAGAGCGCCCUGAACGCGCUGCUGCAGAGGGUGACCGAGCUGGAGCGAGGCAACAGUGCUUUCAAGUCGCCAGAUGCGUUCAAAGUGUCCCUGCCCCUCCGCACGAACUACCUGUACGGCAAGAUCAAGAAGACGCUGCCCGAGCUGUAUGCCUUCACCAUCUGCCUGUGGUUGCGGUCCAGCGCCUCACCGGGCAUCGGCACCCCGUUCUCUUACGCCGUGCCUGGGCAGGCCAACGAGAUCGUGCUGAUUGAGUGGGGCAACAACCCCAUCGAGCUGCUCAUCAACGACAAGGUCGCCCAGCUGCCCCUGUUUGUCAGUGACGGCAAGUGGCACCACAUCUGCGUCACCUGGACGACGCGGGACGGCAUGUGGGAGGCCUUCCAGGAUGGGGAGAAGCUGGGCACCGGGGAGAACCUGGCCCCAUGGCACCCCAUCAAGCCUGGUGGUGUACUCAUCCUCGGACAGGAGCAGGACACAGUUGGUGGCAGGUUCGACGCCACGCAGGCAUUUGUUGGGGAGCUCAGCCAGUUCAACAUCUGGGACCGCGUCCUCCGUGCACAAGAGAUCAUCAAUAUCGCCAACUGCUCCACGAACAUGCCGGGCAACAUCAUCCCCUGGGUGGACAACAACGUGGACGUGUUCGGAGGGGCUUCCAAGUGGCCGGUGGAGACCUGCGAGGAGCGUCUCCUUGACUUGUAGUCACCCACCCCUCUGUCCGGGAGGCAGGGGCUGGGCCGUUCCCCUCAUGGCCCCUGUGGAACUGCGUGCGAACUUCCUGCCACAGUGGGCGGGGGGCCCUCGAAGCUCCCCACCCAGGGCAUCUCUCAGCCUGAGGCUCUGUGGCGUCAUUUGUCACCAGCUUAUCUGUUCCGAACCACGAUUUUGUUGGUUUGGGGCGGGGAGGAAGCCCUGAGCCGCAGGUGGACGGAUUCCUGACUCCUACCGUGGAGGGACUCCUGCUCAGAACCCCUGUAAAUGCUAGCGCACCCCAGCCCUGCCCGCUCUCACGGAUGCCUGGUGUCUCGUGUGUGCCGUCUUCCGUCCCCUUCGAAGGCUGUGCGUCGUCCUGCCGGAGUGGCUAUGUCCCUCGUGUGUUGCGUACACCCUUGCUGUCCGCUGAGCACGCAGCGAAGCCCCUCCCUUCUCCCCCACGCCACCCCCCCAGAAAAAGGGCCUUUCUCUUGGUGUUCUUUACGCAGUGAAUCUUUCUGUCCCAGGAACUCCUGAGCUUGCAGAGGAAGGCAGGCUGCCCGGACACUGCCCUGCCUGAUCUCCGAGGUGGAGGGAGCGUCUGGGGCCCCGGGGAGGGGGCUGUGAAUGGGAACCCUGGACACAGAAGGGCCCAGGCCGCUGUCCCCCGUCUCCAUCAGCUUGCCCUCUGACCCGCGCUUUGGUGGAAUCCUGGCCGGCUUUGAAAGGUGUCUUUUUCCCACUGGUGCCAAAAGUUCAGUUGCAGCUUUUACAACCAUGCCAUGUGGUUUGGGGAAUUGAUUUUUUUUUACCCCCACCGCCCCAAACAGAGCAGCCAUUAACCCGCUCCCGGUUUCUUGACGUCUCGCCCCACUGUGAGGCACGUGCUCAUUUUAAUUCACGUGGAUUCCUGUGAGCAUCCGACUGUCUCCACUAUUUCCCCCAGAACAACUUCUUCAGGAAACGGAUGUCGUUGGGCUGGUGCCUGCUCAGCGACUCCAGGCUGCUUAAUUUAUUCGACAGAGGUCGUCAUUUAUUUUAAAAGAUAGACGUGGUUCAGUGGGGAAAUUUAUACAGCUAAAUAUUAUAUAUUUUAUUUUUCAUACAUGUUCGAAGUGCAAAUCUGUGAAAGUUCCAUUUGUAGGACCAAGCUGACAUGCCCAUCCUAACACUGUAUGCUACAAGAACUCUU